GCGAGUGAAGGACAGCAGAGCAGUUCGGCCGUCAGAGGGAGUCCGGGUUACUCUGCAGAGCCCCGCGCGCGCGCAUGAGUCGCUUCUUCCUGGAAGGGGACGUUUGGCAGCCGUUCAUCUCCCGACAGUCUGAGCCCAGAGCUUCAUGUGGCUCGCUGGUCUUCCUCUCCGCACACUCGGCCGCCCGCUUCGCCAGUUGAUGCAUUUGCUCGCCGCCUGCUCUGCGCUUUCUGGAGUAAAAACUGCACGAGCCGACACUGUGACAAGCCUGUGCGCGUGAGAUUCGCCUUGAUCCAAAAGAGAGAAGAUGUUGUGGAAGUUAGCAGAUAACGUGAAGUACGAGGAGGACUGCGAGCAGGAGAGACAUGACGGCAGCAGCAAUGGGAACCCCCGGUUACCCCACCUGCCCGCGGUCAGUCAGCACCUCUACAGUCCGGCUCCUUCCCUCACUCACUCCACCGGCUCUGACUUCCAGCCCCCGUACUUCCCCCCUCCGUACCAGCCCCUGCCCUACGCACAGUCCAGCGACCCCUACUCCCACCUCAGCGACCCCUUCAACAUCAACUCCAUACACCAGUCUCCAACGUCCAAUCAGCAGCAGCCGUGGCCCGGCCGCCAAAACCAGGACGGGCUCGGGCCGCACGGCCGCAGCGGGCUGGCCAGCCAGAUCCUCGGUUUGGAGGGGGGGUCGUCCGGGUUGCGCAGAGACGGCUUCAGGAGGCCCGAGCUGCUGCCCCCGCACGUCCAUGGCAUCGAGGCGGCCAUAGGUGAGAACAUGGGGCUGCACGACAUGGGCCAAGGACUGGACGACGUGCAGCAUGUAGAAGAUCACAGUAUUGUAAUCGCCGACCAGACAGUCAUCAAAAAAGGUCCAGUGACCCUUCCCAAGGGGAACCCGAUGGGUCUUCCCUUCCAGAAGGAGUCCCUGCUGGGCAUGGUAUCCAAUCCCACAGAAGUGUUCUGCUCGGUUCCGGGCCGCCUCUCUUUGCUCAGCUCCACCUCUAAAUACAAAGUGACCGUAGCCGAGGUCCAGAGACGUCUGUCCCCACCCGAGUGUCUCAAUGCCUCUCUGCUUGGGGGAGUACUACGCAGGGCUAAGUCAAAGAAUGGUGGACGAUCCCUCAGAGAGAAGCUGGACAAGAUCGGGCUGAACUUGCCAGCAGGUCGCAGGAAGGCAGCUAAUGUCACCUUGCUAACAGCGCUAGUAGAAGGUGAGGCUGUACACCUGGCCCGAGACUUUGGUUAUGUCUGUGAGACUGAGUUUCCUGCCAAGGCAGUUGCCGAGUACCUCGGACGGCCACAUGUAGAACGCAACGAGAUCAACUCUCGCAAGAACAUGCUCUUGGCAGCCAAGCAAAUCUGCAAGGAGUUCACCGACCUCCUGACCCAAGAUCGUUCUCCGCUGGGCAACUCGCGGCCUGCACCCAUCCUGGAACCAGGGAUCCAGGGGUGCCUGACCCACUUCAGCCUCAUCACCCACGGCUUCGGCUCUCCAGCCAUCUGUGCCGCCAUGACCUCGUUGCAGAACUACCUCAACGAGGCUAUCAAGCAGGUGGACAAAAUGUACCUGAGUGCAGGCGGAGACACCUCACAAGGCUCCUCAGAUGGAGGUAGCAAAGCUACAGACAAGAUGGACAAGCACAGGAAGUGAACGGGUGAAGCUGGACUGGAGCUUUUUAAGGACAGUGGUGUCUCAUGGACUACGUUUGACUGUUGCAUUCUUGUCAUCGUAGUUGUUGUCAUUGGUUCAGUUUCACAUUGAUUUCGACGGACGCUGGGCAUCGUUAGUGCCCCUUCCUUCAUGUCCUGGUCUACCAGAACCUCUCCUCGACACAGACGUUUAAAUGCUUUGCCCCUUUUGAGUGGCUCACGUAGAUGAUUACCACUUUCCUCAACAGCAUCUGUAGACACAUGCAUGUUGUCCAUGGCUCUACGCUGAGAAGCUUUUUUUUUAAAAAAAAAACAAUGCAGACACCAUUUCAAGAGUUUAUGUGGAUUUUAAAUAUUUUCUCUUGUGUUUUUGUUUAUUUUUUCAUGAAGAGGAAGUCCUACAUUUUUGUCUUCUUGGUGCUGAACCCCUAUAGAACAUGCAGAGGACAUGCGAUCUGCUUGUGAGAAUGAGUUGCUCUUUGCUUGACUUCAUUUGGACGCAGUGUUAUUGUACUUUUUGUCUGUGGGAGUAUUGUUAGCAUGACUGAGUGCUAUGUAUGUUGUGGAUCUCAAGAUAAAUAGGUCCAGAUUCAAAUGACCCUGAAGGCACUAAAUCAUUGUGGAGACUACAUGCCGCUUUCAGGAGCAUUAUAUUUUAGUCUCCUUUAAUGCCACCUAUUCAGAACACAUUAACCCCUUUAAU